AUGGAUGAGUUCUUUGAGCAGGUGGAAGAAAUCCGAGGGUUCAUCGAUAAAAUUUCGGAGAACGUGGAGGAAGUGAAGAGGAAGCACAGUGCCAUUCUUGCUUCGCCCAACCCCGAUGAGAAAACGAAGGAGGAGCUGGAAGAGCUGAUGGCUGACAUAAAGAAGACAGCGAACAAAGUGCGCUCCAAGCUAAAGAGUAUUGAGCAGAGCAUUGAACAAGAGGAAGGACUGAACCGGUCAUCUGCUGACCUGAGGAUAAGGAAAACUCAGCACUCAACGCUGUCCCGCAAGUUCGUGGAGGUGAUGUCUGAAUACAACGCCACGCAGACUGACUACCGGGAGCGCUGCAAGGGCCGGAUUCAGAGGCAGCUGGAGAUCACUGGCAGGACCACCACCAGCGAGGAACUGGAGGACAUGCUGGAGAGCGGCAACCCGGCCAUCUUCUCCUCUGGGAUCAUUAUGGAUUCAAACAUCACCAAGCAGGCACUGAAUGAGAUUGAAACACGGCACAGCGAGAUCAUCAAACUGGAGAACAGCAUCCGAGAGCUGCACGACAUGUUCAUGGACAUGGCCAUGCUGGUGGAGAGCCAGUGGACUACGUGGAGCGGGCUGUGUCUGACACCAAAAAAGCAGUGA